CCAUGGAGCUGGACCAGCUGGACGUCGUGAGCCGCUGCAUCGGACAGACGCUGACGCCGCAGGAGCGGUCAAAUCUGGAGCUGGGCAUGCUCAAGCGUAGCGCCACCGAGACUUUCCAGUCGCUGCGCUUCUGGGGGCGUGUCUCGGGCGAGACGCAGGACUAUCUCGUCUGCGUCGCCGUGAUGCCCGGCAAAGACUAUCCCAAGAAGAAGUUCUACUUUUGCACCAAUUCGUCUCCAGAGCUGCAGCAGUUCCCACAGCUGAACAAGAAGAAGAGCGCGAUGGCGGCAGCACUGACGUCGCGGUUGAAAGGAGACCCGGCGUUUCUGUUCAGUGACUUUGGAGAGCCGCAAAACCAGGAAGAGGGUGAAGCCCCGUUUUGCGAGCUGGACCGGCUUGCUUACAUAGUGGAGGAGAUCGAUCACGCCACCUCGGUAGUACCGCUAGGAGCCUACGUCGUCUCCCCAUUGCACCAGGUCAUCGCCAACCCUUCCUUCCAUGGACUUACAUGGGAUCAGUCUCUUCAGCUCUACAACUUCUUUCACUUCCGUCAUCCAGAUCUGCCUGAACGCGCGCAGAUCAUCGAGAAUGCCGAGGGACUAGUACGUGCUGGAGACUUCUUCGACCCGCUUAUCCAGGAUCUGGACGGCGCGUGGGUCAUCUCCAAGGAUAACACUGGCGCCUACAUGACACUACGCAACUAUGAGUACCCUGGAGCAUUCUGCUUCCAUCGACCCCAGACAGCUCAUUAUGGCAGCGUAUACUUCGGAGAUGGCCGAAAGAACCUGGACAUUGCGUUCAUGAUCUAAGCAGCCAGUACUACCUCCCGGUAAACAAACCAGUCAAACCAUGACGUUAUCAGCUAUCUAACCGUUGUCCUGGGGCUUCCUUACUAUGGCAGCCAGCUAGACUCAUGUUAAACCCGAGCCCAGGCACGAUAUUCCACUCGAACGAUAGCACUAAAAAGAAUCACACGCAAUACUCAUGCAAAAACGUA